AGCAACCUUUCAUCUCUCACUCUUGAGUUCACUGCCUUGGUCGAGCUCAACCUUCAACCCUGUCAAUGGCGUCUUCUGAAGAAACGAGUUUUGGUGAAAGGGUCUCCGAAAAGGUUCUCUCUCUGUACACUUCUCUUCCCAAGAAAGGCAAACCUCAAGGCCGUGAAGUCACCGUUUUGGCUGCUUUCCUUCUCUCUUCUCCUUCCAAUGAGUUGAAGGUUGUUGCACUAGGAACAGGAACUAAGUGUAUUGGACGUUCUCUCUUACGCCCUUAUGGUGAUGUUGUUCAUGAUUCUCAUGCUGAAGUUAUAGCUAGAAGAGCAUUGAUGAGGUUCUUCUAUACACAGAUUCAACAUCUUACUGAAACUAGUAGUAACCGUGAGUGUACCAAUGGGGGAAAACGAUUCAAAAUUGAUGAUGGCAACUUAGUAUUCGAGUUGGACUCAGGGUCAGGGUGCCUUAAUAAAGCAAAAUAUACCAUGAGAAGGGGUUGGAAAUUACAUAUGUACAUAUCACAAUUACCAUGUGGAGAUGCAUCGUUGAGCUCGCUUGUCCCUUCUCUGGAAACUGCGGCUUUAGGAGAAAGUGGUUCACCUUUGGUUAAUGGUUUGAAACAAAAGGGGAUGGUCCAGAGGAAGCCAGGUCGUGGUGAUACAACUCUUUCAGUUAGUUGCUCUGACAAGAUAGCCCGUUGGAAUGUUGUUGGUGUUCAAGGAGCUUUGCUUUCCUACUUUCUUCAACCUGUAUAUCUUUCUUCAAUUACUGUCGGUCUGCCUCAUAACAGUCCUGAAAAUUUUCAGUUUGAGGAUAAUUUGAAAAGAGCUUUGUAUGAUCAUAUCCGAUCCAUGUCUAAUGAGCUAACAUCUCCAUUUCUAGUGAGCCAGCCGCUAUUUCAAGCUGCCCCAGUUCCACCAAAGGACUUUCAGCAAUCUGAGAGUGCUGCCAACACUUUAACAUGCGGAUAUUCCAUAUGUUGGAAUGGGUGUGGGUUGCAUGAAGUUAUACUGGGAACUACCGGAAGAAAGCAAGGUACCUCUGCAAAAGGAGCACUCUACCCAUCAUCAGAGUCAUCUUUAUGCAAAAAGAGGCUGUUAGAGGUCUUCUUGUCAUUGAGGCAGGGGUGCUUGACCACUUGUCUGGAAAAGGGGAUUACAUAUCGAGAACUUAAGGACGGGGCUGAAGAAUACCAUCUAGCUUCUAAAUUUUUUAAAGGGAAGCCACCUUUUAGCAACUGGUUCUUGAAACCCUUGGACUGUGAGACAUUUCCCAUUUCAGAAUAGUGCAUUAGUGAUUAGUGCAUUUAGUUAUCUGUCUAUAA